GAGAGCUGGCUCAUUUCCGGGCAGAGGGAUGUGGGACCUCUAUAAAACAGCCCAUGUUCUGGAGAUUGUCAUUUCCCUCCUCUCGCCUUCUUCUCGAGCUUGGGACACCCAGCACUCAGCCAUGUGCUCCCGUCAGGACAAGGAUCAGUGCCACUCACAGGAGCGUUACACCCGGCAGAGCAGCGGCUGUCACAGCUCCGGUGGAGGAUGUCACAGCUCUGGUGGUAGCAGUGGAGGAUGUCACAGCUCUGGUGGCAGCAGUGGUGGCUGUCACAGCUCCGGUGGAGGUGGAGGAUGUCACAGCUCCGGUGGAGGUGGUGGCUGUCACAGCUCUGGUAGCAGCGGUGGCUGUCACAGCUCCGGUGGCUCCAGCUGCCAUGGGAAGCCUCAGAUCCAGUACCACUACCCCCAGCAGCAGCAGCAGCAGCAGCAGCAGGUCCACCAGCUGCCCUCGCAGAAGAUGAAGUGAUGGAGCACAGAAAGCUCUGCACACUCCAAGGCAGCCUGAUGAGACCCCUCUGAGUGCACCCACCCCCUGAGGGACAUCACUGCUGCUGCUCCAUAGAGCUGUGCACUGUCUGGGUGCCAGCAGCACAAUAAAGCAUGAUGUGUCUUAAGA